UGUGUCUCCAGUCUCUCACCAGUCAGCAUGUCGGACCCGUGCUCCUUCUCCUCCGUUUCCCACUUUCUCACCCGGCACCUGAACCUCGCGCUGCACGUGGAUUUCUCCCGCCAUGUGAUCAAAGGGGUCAUCGCGCUCACCAUGGAGGCUCUGCAGGACCGGCUGCACGCGCUGACUCUGGACUGCAGGGACCUGCAGGUGUUCUCGGUGAAAGCCAACGGGCAGGCGGCGCGCUUUACGACAGGCCCUAAACACACCUUUAAAGGAGCCCCACUGGAGAUCACCUUGCCCUUCGACCUCUCCAGAGGGCAGCAUGUGAUCGUGGAGGUGACCUAUGAGACGUCGCCGACGGCAACCGCGCUGCAGUGGCUCUCACCUGAGCAGACGGCCGGGAAGGAAAAGCCCUACCUGUUCAGCCAGUGCCAGGCUCAUCACUGCAGGAGCAUGGUGCCCUGCCAGGACACUCCGUCUGUCAAGCACACCUACUACGCUCAGGUGUCUGUCCCUAAGGACCUGGUUGCAGUGAUGAGUGCGGUGAGAGACGGACAGGAAGUGGACCCUCAGGAUAACGAGCGAAUCAUCUACAAGUUCAGGCAGCCGGUGCCCAUGCCCUCCUACCUGAUCGCCAUCGUGGUCGGAGCCCUGGAGAGCAGGGAGAUCGGCCCGCGCUCCAGAGUCUGGUCUGAGAAAGAGUACGUGGAUAAAGCAGCGUUCGAGUUUUCUGAGACGGAGGCCAUGCUGCAGGCGGCCGAGGCUCUCGCCGGGCCGUAUGUUUGGGGUCCGUACGACAUCCUGGUUCUGCCUCCAUCGUUCCCCUACGGAGGAAUGGAGAACCCCUGCCUCACUUUCGCCACCCCCACCCUGCUGGCGGGAGACAAGUCUCUGUCCAACGUGAUUGCUCAUGAGAUCUCCCACAGCUGGACGGGGAACCUGGUGACCAACAAGACCUGGGAACACUUCUGGCUGAACGAGGGUCACACGGUCUACCUGGAGAGGAUGAUAGGCCGGUCGAUGGAGGGAGAACCCUUCAGACAGUUCAAAGCUGCUGGAGGCUGGAAGGAGCUGCAGGACUCGGUGAACACCUUUGGAGCUAACAACCCCCUCACUAACCUGGUCCCCAGUCUUCAGGACGUGGACCCGGACGACGCCUUCUCCUCCGUCCCGUACGAGAAGGGCUUCGCUCUGCUGUAUCACCUGGAGGAGCUACUGGGGGGCCCAGAGGUGUUCAUGGGCUUCGUGAAGUCGUACAUCCAGAUGUUUGCGUACGGCAGCGCCACCACCGACGAGUGGAAGAACUACCUGUUCACCUACUUCAAGGACAAGGUGGACGUCCUGAACCAGGUGGACUGGCACGCCUGGAUGUUCACCCCGGGGAUGCCUCCAGUCAAACCUCAGUACGACACCACGCUGGCCGACGCCUGCAUCGCCCUGAGCCAGAGGUGGAUCAAGGCCGCAGAGCAGGACCUGAGCAGCUUCAAGGCGUCGGACAUGAAGCCGCUGUCGUCUCAUCAGGUCAUCGAGUUCCUGUCUCUGCUGCUUCAGGAGGCGGCGCUGCCUCUGACUCACGUGAAGAAGAUGCAGGAAGUUUACGAUCUGAACGCGAGCAAGAACGCUGAGAUCCGCUUCAGGUGGCUGCGUCUCUGCGUGCGCUCGCGGUGGGAGGAGGCUGUUCCCAUGGCGAUGAAGAUGGCGACGGAUCAGGGCCGAAUGAAGUUCACCCGCCCGCUCUUCAGAGAGGUGUUUACCUUCGACAAGUAUCGUGACGAGGCGGUCCGGAUGUUCCAGUCUCACCGCGGCGCGAUGCACCCCGUCACCGCCGGACUCGUGGCCAAAGACCUGAAGAUCCAAGCUAGCAGCAGCUUGUAAAGCUAGCAGCAGCUUGACAAGCUAGCAGCAGCUUGUCAAGCUAGCAGCAGCUUGUCAAGCUAGCAGCAGCUUGACAAGCUAGCAGCAGCUUGUCAAGCUAGCAGCAGCUUGUCAAGCUGCUGCUAGCUUUCAGAUAUUGCAGAUAUUUCAAGACUUCUAAUCGUUUUCCUGCAGAAUUGUCUUUAAAUGCUUUCAUCAGAAAUUAUUUGAUGCUUUUCUCUUUUUUAUCAUCAAAUCUUUAGGGGUGUCGGGAUAAAUAUCAGUAGCUCCGAUAACGAAAUGAAAUAGAGACUUAAAGUCACACGUUUAUCUUCCAAAUAAUAAAGAGAGUAUUGCAGGAAUCAGGACAUUUCAGAGCUUCAAGUUCACAGUUAUGAAACCAGACGUUAAGAAACCAGACGUUAAGAAAGGAGACGUUAAGAAACUGCGGUUAUUGCAGAUGGUUUUACCGACACUCCUGAUGUUUCCUGUUUAAAAAACAGAAGAAGAAAUAAAAAUGUCUUCACUGAA